CAAACAUUCCACCUUAAGCGCACAUAGUGGCUAAACGCAGGCGUAGAGCGAGGCUUCCGCUUCAUUCACAGCCGGGCUUGGAGCGGAUCGCAGCCCUUCACAGCGUCACUUCGGAGACGAGAGAGGCGCUCGGCCAAAGCUGACCGAACCGGUACCGCAACAUGUCGGAGCCAAAAUACCGAGAAUGGAUCUUGGAAACCAUCGACUCCCUGCGCUCGAGAAAAGCUCGGCCGGACCUGGAGAGGAUCUGCCGAAUGGUCCGAAGGAGACACGGGUCAGACCCGGACCAAACCAGGGCUGAACUGGAAAAACUGAUCCAGGAGCAAACUGUGCUCAAAGUUAGCUACAAAGGCUCGAUUUCGUAUCGCAACGCCGCUAAAGUGCAAAGAAAAUGCAGAAAACGGAUCGAGCAAAGCAGCGGCGAGUCUGUGGCUGAACAAACCAAACACGCCAAUUUCAAUAAUAACGGCGACAGCGCGCACAGUCUCACGGACCAGGAGGAGUGCGAAGAUAGGGAGCCCGAGAGCCCGUGUUUUGACCCCGUGCCCCAAACCUCCCUCUCCGCUCAUGAAAAGGGAGAAAAUGUUUCGCCAGUGCCUAGCGGAAACAGUUUUGUUAGUUGUGGCGCAACGGGCUGCUCCGUCGGGAGCGUCAAGGCAAGUGCAUCGAAAGACAACAGAUUAAUCACUCAGGCGGGGGUUAACGGCUCCUCUCUCCGCAGCAAUCACGGAGCGAACGUUUUGAGCGAUGCUUCAAGUGCGAGCAGACGGGCCGAAGGAGAAAACGCGCUCGGUGUUGGCCACGAGGAGGGGGGCAGUAAUGAAAAGGAACAGAAAACUUGCUCGAGCGCCAGUUCGGCCGUCAUCAGUACGCCUCCGAGAAACAAGCUCCCAUCGCCCCUAAAACCCAAACUCAAGGUGGGGGCAAAGGGGUCCGGGGCGAGCUGCUCGGAGUCUCCGGAGGAAAAGAGUAUCGAUCUAGGCGACAGACUGGUUGCCGCGGUCCGAAGUAUGUCCGAGAGACACCGGGGCUCCGCCGCAACACGGGGCCACGCGCCACUGGGACUAAAAGAAAUUCUCGGCUACCUCAGCACGCAAAGCGGGGUUCCCGGGGAAAAGCUGACCCGCAACCGCGUCAGAGUGGUGCUGGAGCGCGAGAUCGAGAGGGGUCGCCUCCGCAGAACGCGCCUCGGCCACAUCACUCUUCUCGCGAGGGGGAUGGGGGCGGCCAAGCCGUCCGCGCGACUCCUGAAAAGCGCACUGCAGGACAGACACCUCGCGAAAAAGGAAGAGGUAAAGGAGGAAGAACAAAUAGAGACAGAAGGUGAAGAGGAUGGAAAAGAGGAAAAUUUAGUAGGAACAGCAGAGGAUGUUCCCAAAGCCAUCACUGAUGGGGGUCUGACAGGUGUCAAAGCUUGCUCUGACCCAAUCUCAACUGACAUGGAGGUCGAGAAUGAUAAUGGCAGCAUGUCAACCGUGACGUCUGGGGGGAAAUCCCAACCAUCUUCACUGCUAGAGUCAUCAAACCAAUGCUCCCAACAGGAAGUAGACGUGGGUGGAAGUGAAGAGCAGACAGUGUCUACUGAGCCUGAUGACGCUGAUAUUGACAGCAGUUCAGCUACUCCUGAUCAACUACAUCUUAACACAGAGGAUCAUGCGAUUGUAAUGCAAGAGACUGUUAAGCCUCCAUCAUCAAUAGCUAUACGAAACUUUGUGUGUUCCUCAGGCUGUAAGCUGGAAGUGGGAGCGUCAUCAUGUCUGCUGACUCCUUCUGCCUCCCCAGGAGCAGCUGAAGAACGAGGGAUAAAUGAAGGAAUAGGAGGCUUUGUGAAGUUGGAGACAGGUGGUGUGAAUCCCAUUGAUUGGACGGUGGCAGAUGUAGCCAGCUACUUUACUGCGGCUGGAUUCCCCGAGCAGGCGCUUGCCUUCAGGACACAGGAAAUUGAUGGAAAAUCUCUUCUCCUAAUGCAGAGGAGCGAUGUGCUAACAGGUCUGUCAAUCAGGCUUGGCCCCGCCCUGAAGAUCUAUGAACGUCACGUAAAGGUUCUCCAGAAGACUCACUUCCAAGAUGAUGAAGCUUUUUGCUGAUAGGCACACGUGUAUAUUAGCUAUUGUCCGUGACAAAUGAGCUACUAAUAUCGAACGAUAUUCACUCAUAACCGAUUCCAGAUGUGUACACGGUCAUGCUUAAAACUUUCAAUUGCACAGUUACUAAUGAGGAUUUGUCUGCUGCUGAAUACUAAGAACAUUCCAGAAUUCCCACUUCCUUUACACCAGGGGUAGGCAACGUCGGUCCUGGAGUGCCGAUGUCCUGCAGAUUUUAGCUCCAACCCUGAUAAAAUCUCACCUGCCUGUAGUUUUCAGGUGACUCUUUAGACCUUGAUUAGUUGUUCAGGUGUGAUUGAUUAGAGUUUGAGGUAAACUCUGCAGGACAUCGGCACCCCAGGACCGACGUUGCCUACCCCUGCUUUACACACACUUACACGCACACGUGCAGAACUCCUAAAAAAUGUACAUUAACAUGCGAAAACAAGACUGAAAUGAAGAAAACAAAAUGGCGGAUAAAGGAUUGGGACAGAAAAGCAGCUGCUCGGCCAGUGAACUUUCAUUUCAUCAACUGGAUUUGAUCUCAUUAGUCCAGCAGAGGGCAGAAUGGAUUUUUUUGACCUCCAAAUGAAAAUCCAAAAAUGAAUUCUUCAUGAUUUUCAUGUUACAGACAGAUGAAUGUUAUGAAACAUUUUGUUACUUUUCUUCCAGCGAUGAACAAGCUGGUUGUCUUGUUACAUUUUAAGAGGACAAUUCUGAUUGGAUAAUGAAUCCUCCUCUUCAUCGUGAACUUGUUCUUCAAACUUGUUGCAGUGACACUGUAACCAUUGUUGUACCUCAAAUACAGACUGGAUUAUUUCCUUCCUUGAACUUUACUUCUUAAACAUCCAACAUUCCCAUCCAGUGUUCUUGUGUCCUGCACCGUUGUCAUAAAGAAACUCAACAGAGA